GCGGCGGCGCAGGAGGGGGCGGGUUCGGCGAGGGCGCGGCCUCUGAGAGGGGGGCGCACUGUACGCAUCCCCCGCGAUCGCCCGGGCCGCUCGGGAGCCUCGCGGCAGCCCGGCGCCCCACUUGGCCAUCCAUCCGCUCCUUGCCCGCCUCCUCUUGUCACCUCCCGUCUCACCCUUCUCGCUCCGUCCCCGCCGCAGGCACCGCCAUCCGAGUGAGCGCCUCAGAGAGCCGGAGGUGGUGUGCUGGGCUGCAGGGCGCGACCUCGAGCGGUCCUUAGCUCCGCACUAGCACUAGGGGGCACGGGCGACAGCAUGGACUCCAAGCGCUGCUUCGCCAAUCGCUUCGAUGACUACCAGGGCAGCCUGCUGGCGGGCCAGUGUGAGGAGGCGGUGGCGCCCUUGGUCACCGCCACCAUCGAGCGCAUUCUCCAGGAGCUUCCCCCUCUCGGGGGCGGCGCCGAGGGCCGAGGCGCGACGGCCGGGGCUAGCGGCUGCCAGGGGGGGCUUUACGGCGGCGUGGCCGGGGUAGCCUAUAUGCUCUACCACGUCUCGCAGAGCCCGCUCUUCGCCACCGCCCGGGAGCGCUACCUGCGCUCGGCUAAGCGCCUCAUCGACGCGUGCGCCCGCGCUGAGGAGUGGGGCGAGCCGGACGCCGACACCCGCGCUGCCUUCCUGCUCGGGGGCGCGGGCGUGUACGCUGUGGCCACGCUCGUGUACCACGCCCUGGGCCGGUCCGACUACGUGCAGCCGCUGGGCAAGUUCCGGGCUCUGUGCGCCGUCUGCGCGCCGGUCUCCUUCCUGGAGUGCGGCUCGGACGAGCUGUUCGUCGGCCGCGCGGGCUACCUGUGUGCCGCGCUGGUGCUCAAGCAGAAACUCGCCCAGGAGUUUUCUUCACAGGAAAAAAGCCAAUUCAGUAUUAAAAUGCUACCCAACAUUGAUGGCAAAUACAAAGAGGAAGUCUGCAUAUUCAAAGAAGCGAGACAAGCUUUUGAAAAUAAAAAUUUAAAAAAGUCUCCCCUCUCCACUCAGGAGGGAUUUGAAAAUUAACAAAGAGGAAGUCAUAUGAGGGUCUCAAGCUCACUUCCUUCAGAGUCACAGCCUGUGGCUUGUGUGAAAUGGACACGUGGGACCUGAGUAACCUGCCCCUUAAAUGUCACCAGCUCAUCUUGGAUUCCACUGUGAGAAGUCAUGAGGCAAAGAAAAAAGUGGGAGAACUGUCCUUACAUUGGGGUCUUUUAAAAUAUAUUUAGUGUAUCUUAAGAGAAAAGGAAGACAUUUGAACUUCAUGUCUAUAACUAGAUGCAGUCUUUUCAAGUUACGACUUGCCAAUGUAACCAUUAUUUGGUCCUUUUAUGGUAAAACCAAAACAUUGUAAUAUAGAUACUGUAUUUUUUUUAAAGUUUCCUAUUAAAAUUAAUAGAAUGAGUUAAUCCCUGCACAGAAGUUGAUAAGUGUUGACAUUCUGCGUGGCACAUCCCUGCUAUUAUCUUAUGAAAUGCAUAGUUUUGGAGUUGGUUGAGAUGGUAUUGGUUGUGAUACAAACAUAUAGUCAUUUUAUUUAUAAUUAUGAUUUAUAAAUACCUUCACUUAAUUUUAAAUGCAAUUUAUUUGUCUAUUUUGUUGUAUAUAAUUCUUAAAGCUACCUAUUUCAAUCAAAAUCUACAAACUUGUAAUAUAGUAUCUGGAUUUACAGACCCCUGACUCUUCGUUAACUUCUUGAGUUAUAAACAAGGUACCAAAAGUCUCAGUUGAUAGAUGAAAACUCUUCUGCUGGAUUUAUGCACUCUAAUCAAGAGCCCUGGUGUAAAUCAUUGUCGAGUUUACGAAUUUGUGCAUUAGUUAGUGAUUUGACUGUAUAAUCUGAAAAUACCUUCUCUCUUAACUAGUAAAUUCCCAUUUAUCUUUUUAA